CUACUUUUCGCUCACCAUUUUCUUAUUCGCUUAUGGCUGCUGACACCUAAUCCUGGAUGAUUAUGCUGAAAAGGAUUGAGCUUCUGAGGAAAUUCGACGCCUUUUUGCCAUCACAAACUGGGGAAUUUGCCCUGUUUCAUUAAGUACCCUCAAAAUCUCCGCUUUUUUGUUUGUUUGUUGUUCUUUGUUAUAUUCCGAUGGCGAUUGGAGAACGCAGGAAGAUGAUCAUCGACACUGAUCCAGGCAUCGAUGAUGCAAUGGCUAUAUUUGUGGCUCUGAAAUCGCCGGAAGUAGAUGUGAUUGGUCUCACGACAAUCUACGGCAAUGUUUACACCACUCUCGCCACCCGAAAUGCCUUGCACUUGUUGGAGGUGGCGGAUAGAACAGACAUUCCAGUGGCUGAAGGAACUCAUACCACCAUCACUAACGGCACAAAACUCCGGAUCGCUGAUUUUGUUCAUGGAACGGACGGGCUCGGCAACCAGAAUUUCCCCCCACCUAAAGGAAAAGCAAUCGAGAAAUCUGCACCCGAGUAUUUAGCCGAGCAAGCAAAGCUUCACCCUGGAGAAAUCUCUGUUGUUGCAUUGGGCCCAUUGACUAAUAUUGCACUGGCUAUUCAGCUCGAUCCAGAGUUCUCGAAAAAUGUCGGACAGAUCGUUCUUCUUGGUGGAGCAUUUGCCGUAAAUGGAAAUGUGAAUCCAGCGGCAGAAGCCAAUAUUUUCGGUGAUCCAGAAGCUGCGGAUAUUGUAUUCACAAGUGGAGCUGAUAUCAUUGCCAUCGGGAUAAACGUGACCCAUCAAGUGGUUAUGACAGCUGCUGACCGGGAUAGAUUGGCAUCAUCGAACGGGAAAUUGGCACAAUACCUCUGUAGAAUUCUCGAGGUGUACUAUGCCUACCAUCUCGAGGCUUACAAUAUCAGAGGUGUAUACCUACACGACCCGACAGCUCUCCUUGCAGCAUUCCUCCCGUCUCUGUUCACUUACACCGAAGGAGUUGUCAGAGUGCAGACGAAGGGCAUAACGAGGGGACUCACGUUACUAUACAACAAGCAGAAGAGGUUUGCUGAAGUGACCGAGUGGUCGGAUAAAGCGUCUGUGAAGGUGGCUGUCACUGUGGAUGCACCCUCUGUUCUGAAACUCGUAAUGGAGAGGCUUAUGGAUUCUUGAUUCUAUCAAAAUCUGCAGAUAUUUUAAAGCUUUUUUUUAAUUGAUUUUUCUCUGUUGAUGUUUAAAUAAAGGUUGUUAACCUAAUUUCAUUGCAUGAAUGAACGAGAUUUUCUUUAAUGAAGUGUCAAUUCAUUCUU